AUUGGACGAGAAUUGUCGAAUCGUCUGUCCUGCCGGACUGGAAGCGGCCACAACGCCAUGUUAACGAAGUCUCUCAUCUCCGUGGAAAAAUGAUUAGCUAGCUAUAGAAAAAUCAGUUGUUGAUAACAAAUGUUAAAUUAUCGAAGGAGGAAAGACACCGGUGACAGUGCUCGGAAGAACUGAACCGGAUCUGCAGAGGUCCUGGACGGGCAAGGGAGGCAAACCUCCCACCGUCCCCAUGAAUAACACCAUAGACCCGAACAGCGACUUUCCAUGAAAAAAAAGCUUUUCUGCGUUGCUAAUAGCUAGCCCUGUCGGGAAAAGGAUUUGCGGCCUGCUUCAAUAAUAUUAAACGCUUGCUAGCUACAUUUAUGCAAGCUAGCUAUAUUUUGUAUCAGUAUUUAUUAGUGUAUUGUUUAGUUUUUUUGCAAUGAGUUUGCCGACGAAAAUAGUCCCAAAACCCGCCACUGUCGCAGUAAGUGGACCUGGAACUGUCCCGUCUCCGUCGAGCCAACUGCGGGCUACCCUGACCUCCGUGUCUUUACCACCGGGAGCCCCAGGUGCUCCUCAGUCGAACGCCGUGCCGCCACCUCAAAUUUUCCUUAAUAUGACGCGUCCCAGGAUCCCUCGGGUUCAGCCAUCCCUGGAUGACCGCAUCUUCCCCACACAGCCCGGCGUCACUGCCGUCUACAGCGUACCGAGGCACCCUGGUCCUCCCUACACGGCUCAUGACAUCACAAAGGGACACCCUAACUUGGCGGGCACACCGCCAGGGCAUGCCCACUCACCGGCGCUCUCUCAGGUAUCAGUACCCACAGCUUCCCCAUAUCGCUACCCUAAGGGCUGGGAGGCAGGCGGAGGGUCUCCAUACACCACUGGACAGAAUGCUGGCUCCACACCUCUAGUGUAUUCUCCUCAGACCCAGCAAAUGAAUGCACAGCCACAGAGUCGCCCGUCAUCCAUGCCCAGCCCCAGCCCCAGCCCCCCUGUCAUAUGGAACCACCAGUUUGCGACGGGCCCUCGACCAACCCACCAUCAGGGAGGAUUCAGGCCCAUCCAGUUUUUCCAGAGGGCUCAGAUGCAGACAGCGCGGCCAACCAUCCCCACCAACACUUCAUCUCUGCGGCCCGGCUCUCAGAACCCCACAGCGGCGGUAUACCCCCCCAACCAGCCCACCAUGAUGAUGAUGGCCCCCAUGCCCUUCCCCUCCCCACAGGCUGCCCAGUACUACAUCCCACAGUAUCGCCACAGUACGCCCUAUGUGGGGCCGCCCCAGCCGUUUUCAGUGCAGCCGCCGGGGUCUGGCACCUUCUAUCCUGGCCCUGGGCCGGGGGAGUACCCUGCUCAGUAUGCUCCCGGACCUCAAUUCUAUCCAGGACAGCAGGUGUACCCCCCCUCACCCCCCAUCAUAGUGCCUACACCGCAGCAACCUCCACCAGCCAAGCGUGAGAAGAAACCAUCCUCCCAGAUCCGUAUCCGUGACCCCAAUCAGGGAGGCAGGGACAUCACAGAGGAGAUCAUGGCAGGGGGCACAGGGAGCCGGAAUCCAACUCCCCCUGUCGGACGACCCUCCUCCACCCCCACCCCUCCGCAGUUUUUAUGGCCGCACCCUCAUUAUCCUCACAUUUUCUACCUCAAAUCGCAGCAGCAGCAGCCGAGCGGCAGCCAGACUCCGGAGCAGGGCCAAGGCCAGGCCCACCCAGCCUACAGCCUGGAGCCCCCCAAGCAGCAGCAGCCCACGCCUGGGGCUGCAGACAGCAAACCAGGGCCAGUAUAUGAUAAGCCAAAAUUGGAGCCGGUUAUCCGGAAGCCUUCCUCUCCCGGGAUUGGACAACCAGAACCUUCUAUGGCGUGGCGAGAGGCCAGUGCACCUGUAACUGCCCCAUCUCCCCCUGUAGAAAAAGAGCUUCCCUCUCCUGCCCCAGUGAUGGUGGCGCCCAUCCCUGCCCCUCAUCCUGUUGCCAGCCCCAACCCCAUUGAGCAGCCCUCUGCAGUGGAGCCUGCUACUCCCACUCCCUCUGCAGCUGAGCCCAAGACCCUGCCUCCCACGACUCAUUCCCAGACCCCAAACACAGUGGAGCCUCUUCCAGAAGCCCAACACACCCUGGCUGCUUCCCCCACCCUAACCCCAAAAGCUUUGAAUGGCCAUGCUGACACUGGGGCUGAGCUGGACACCCAGGCCCAGGAGCCCUCCCCCCUAGAUCCCUCCCCACCCCAGCCCCAGGCUUCAACCCCGGCCUUCAGAGAAGACUGUAGUGAGGCUGUGCCCAGUGAGGUGAGAGCAGAGAUCCCCCCUGCUGUCACGGACUCUAUCGCACCCAUCACUGUAGUGCCAGUCACUCUGACCUCCAAACCUGCGCCUGCUUUUCCAGCACCUCCCCCUGGCCUUCCACCACUAGUGCAGGCCACAGCGGAGGCCAGCAAGCCCGCCGACACUAAAGACGUCCCUCUCAAAGCAGGGGCAGAGGCAUUCAUAACACCAGACAACAAGCCUGAACCACAGCUACAAGCCCUCUCCAGAAAGAGUCCCACUACAGGAUGUCAGGCUGCUCCUGAUGCACCAAAGACCUGGAAGAAACCAAAUGAAGAGAGUCCUGUUGGAGAUGCCCAACAGAGGGAGACUGAGGAGGAGCUCAAGCCUUUGGAAGAGGCUGCUGGAGACCAGGCCCUGCCACCCGCCAGGAGCUGCAGCACCUCUCCCCCACCCUCAGCAGCUCCCUCAGCCCUGGAGGCAGAGGAGAGGCCCCCAGCCCCUGAGGAAAACGGGGAGGCUGAGCCCAUGAGGAACGGAGCAGGACACACCUCGGAGACUGAGAGCAGUGACAGCGGGGCCACCCCUGGGGACAAUGAUGGCUCCACAGGAGCACCCCCAGACCUCUUCCAGGAAGAUCUGGAGACUAAUGGGAAGCGUCAAUACAAACGGGACUUCCUGCUGGGCUUUCAGUUCAUGGCUGCCUGUACACAGAAGCCAGACGGGCUGCCUCAGAUCAGUGACGUUGUGCUGGACAAGAUAAACCAAAACAAGCUGCCAACCCGGGCGGUAGAAUCCAGGGUGAUCUCCCGAGGCCCUGACUUCACACCGGCCUUUGCUGACUUUGGCAGACAGAUGAGUGGAGGACGCGGCGGAGCUGCAGUGAGUCACACUCACUCCCAGGCUCACCAGAUGAUGAACAUGGGGGGGGGUGCCCGGCGGCCCCCGCCCAGGAAGAUUAUCCUGAACGUGUCAGCGAAUGAAGAGGUGCAACUGAAGAAAGCUGAGAAUGCCUGGAAACCCGGCAUGAAGAGGGCGGGGCCAUCAGAUGACCCUGAGGUCAUUACAACACAGGAGCUCUUCCGGAAGGUGCGCAGUAUCCUCAACAAACUGACGCCUCAGAUGUUCAACCAGCUGAUGAAGCAGGUGACAGACCUCACCAUUGACACGGAGGAGCGCCUCAAGGGCGUCAUCGACCUGGUCUUUGAGAAGGCCAUCGACGAGCCCGGCUUCUCUGUGGCCUACGGGAACAUGUGUCGCUGCCUCACCACGCUCAAAGUGCCCAUGACGGACAAACCCGGAACCACAGUGAACUUCCGCAAACUGCUGCUCAACCGUUGUCAGAAGGAGUUUGAGCGGGACAAGGUGGAUGAUGUGGUGUUUGAAAGGAAACAGAAGGAACUUGACUCUGCACAGUCCAGUGAUCAAGAGAGACUACGGUUAGAGCUGGAGGAGGCCAAGGACAAGGCCCGCCGGCGCUCCAUAGGGAACAUCAAGUUCAUCGGGGAGCUGUUCAAACUCAAGAUGCUGACAGAGGCCAUCAUGCACGACUGCGUGGUCAAGCUGCUGAAGAACCAUGACGAGGAAUCGCUGGAGUGCCUUUGCAGGCUGCUCACCACAAUCGGCAAGGACCUGGACUUUGAGAAAGCCAAGCCUCGCAUGGAUCAGUAUUUCAACCAGAUGGAGAAAAUUGUUAAGGAGCGGAAGACAUCGUCUCGGAUACGGUUUAUGCUGCAGGACGUGAUAGACCUCCGAUUGCACAACUGGGUGUCCAGGAGAGCUGACCAGGGCCCUAAGACCAUCGAGCAGAUCCACAAAGAGGCCAAGAUUGAGGAGCAGGAGGAGCAGAGGAAGGUGCACCAGCAGCUGCUCUCCAAGGACACCAAGAGAAGGCCAGAGCAACAACAGCAGCAGAGAGAACAGCAAAGGGAGCAGCAGAGGGAGCAGCGUGUGCAACAGAGAGACGAGACCUGGAACACUGUGCCCAUGACCAAGAACAGCAGGACAAUCGACCCCACUAAGAUCCCCAAGAUCUCCAAGCCUCAGAUGGAUGAGAAGAUCCAACUAGGACCACGAGCCUCACUCAACUGGAUGAAGGGCAGCAGCGGAGGGGCCAAGGCCAGUGACUCCGAAUUAUCCCGGUCUGGUGGUGGUGGUGCCAGUUUAAACCGGUACUCUGCACUCCAGUCCACUCAAUCUCAUCAAACCACCCCACCGGCACAGAACCUAGAGUAUGACACUAGAAGAACCUUGGGCAGUCGAAGCAGUGCAGGGAGAGAGCGAAGUGAGAAGCCCCUGAGCCCAGCUCCGUCGAGGCCCGGUUCCUUCGUCCGAGGCGGGAGUGCCAAGGAGCUUCUGGAGAGCCCAGCCCUGAGCCCUGAGGAGCCCCGCAGAGAGCUGGAGAGCCCCAGCGUAAGCGAGGACAAGACUGAGCCAGAGCGCAGCAGUGCCAGGGAGCCUGUGAAAGCAGAGCCUGUGGUGGCCCAGUCUCCAGACAGACCUGCCCUCUCUGAGGAGGAGAUGGAGAGGAAGUCCAGAGCUAUCAUUGACGAGUUCUUGCACAUCAACGAUUAUAAGGAGGCUGUACAGUGUGUGGAUGAGCUGGACAUGUCCUCUCAGCUCCAUGUGUUUGUUCGUGUGGGCGUGGAGUCCACUCUGGAGCGCAGUCAGAUCACACGGGACCACAUGGGCAAGCUCCUCUUCCAGUUGGUGCAGCAGGACAUCCUGGCCAGGUCCCAAUUCUUCAAAGGGUUUGCUGACACCCUUGAGCUGGCGGAUGACAUGGCCAUUGACAUUCCCCAUAUCUGGCUGUAUCUGGCCGAGCUGCUCAGCCCUGUGCUGAGAGACAGGGGCUUCUCUAUGAGAGAGCUCUUUAGUGAAUUAAGCAAACCUUUACUUCCUGUGGGAAGAGCUGGGAUCUUAUUUUCUGAAAUACUGCACAUACUAUGCAAACAAAUGAGCCAUAGGAAAGUGGGCACCUUGUGGAGAGAGUCGGGCCUCAGCUGGAGUGACUUCUUGCCAGAGGGAGAGGAUGUCCAGGAUUUCAUCUCAGAGCAGAAGCUCCAGUUCACUGAGGCGGACUGCUCCAGCCAUGAGGCAGCCCUCGCCACGACAGCACUGUCCCUUGUGGUGCUCAACCAGCAGCUAGAGAGACUGCUGCUGGAGGACAUGGCCAGUGAUGAGCAGAUCUUUGACUGGGUAGAGGCAAAUCUAGAUGAAUCUCAGAUGAGCUCCUCUCCGUUCCUGAGAGCUCUGAUGACGGCUGUGUGUAAGGCAGCGGUGAAAGAUGAAAGUGCUUCCUGUCGAGUGGACGUAGCCAUCAUACAGAGGAGAUUGCCCGUAUUACUCAAGUACCUUAACUCAGACACUGAGCGACAGCUUCAAGCACUUUAUGCACUGCAGGCGCUGAUAGUCACUUUGGAUCAGCCUCCUAACCUGCUCCGGAUGUUCUUUGAUUGUCUGUAUGAUGAGGACGUCAUCUCGGAGGACGCUUUUUACAAGUGGGAGACCAGUAAAGACCCAGCAGAGGAGCUGGGCAAAGGUGUGGCUCUCAAGUCUGUAACGGCUUUCUUCACCUGGCUGAGGGAAGCCGAGGAGGAGUCGGAGGAUAAUUGACAAGGGAGCAGGCGGCCGCUGUAAGCCCCCAGGACAAGAGGCCAGCUGUUGCUACAUAGAAUAACUGCAUCUUCAUAGCAAAACAAACAGACAAACCUACAAAAUGUGCGCGGGCAGGACGACAUGUUUACGGCUGGAAUUUUUUCUGCGGUACGGUUCUGAGACAAUUUUGAGUUUGAAUUCCAACGGCUGAAGCACUAAAUACCUGUAUUAUACAUAGAAAAUAUUUUUGUUUUAAAUUUUAACUUUUCUUUUGUUACUUUUUAAGAAGAGACUUAAAGAUACAUAGGUUCCAGACUCUUUAAUUUAUUAUUUUUUUAAAGGACUGCAAAUAUGGAAGUUUAUUUAACAUUUGCAGAUGCUCAUAAUGAGGAAAACAUUGAUGACGAAUAGAAAUAACAAUAUUAUUAAUUAUAAUAACAAUAAUAAUAAUUUUGAAAUAAAUAGCCUCCCUGGAUUCCAUGUUUGGUUGAAAACAGGGUAAAAAGGUAUUUUGGGAUGAAGGGGAAGGCAGAGAAAGGGUGGAUGCACAGAGACAAUUGACAUUGUAAGACAUUAGAGGUCAAAGGUUAUCAGUAAAUAACCACAGGAAGUGCACUCUGUGAUAUGUACAUAAACCUUCCAAGAGGAAGAGAUAUGCAUUCAAGAAGCAAUGCAAAUCAGUCCACAAAAUAACAUUUAAAUGAACGUGAAUAAACAACAAUGAACAAUGGAUAAAAUGCAAGAUUAAAAAGAAAAUGCCAAGGUUGCUGAACAUGAAGUGCUUGUAAUACUUAAGACCUACCGAGCAAAUGAAAAGCUUGUAAAUACAUUAAAGACAAAAAAAGUAUUUAAAAAAUA